AUGCCUUCCAACGACACUCGGAAACGGCCCACUAUGGACAUUGUCGAUGCGCGCGUCGCCGUCGGCCUCGCCACCAAGCAGACAUACUCGGAGAACGUCUUCCUCUUCGUCCCCAAUCUUAUCGGAUACUCCCGCAUUAUUCUCGCCGCAUUUUCUCUCCACUACAUGAGCUACCACCCCAAAUACUGCACUGUGCUCUAUAGUAUCUCCUGCUUACUCGAUGCCGUCGAUGGGCACGCGGCCAGGGCCCUCGGCCAGUCCUCCAAGUUCGGAGCUGUUUUGGACAUGGUCACCGACCGUUGUACAACAUCAUGUUUGCUAUGCUACCUUACGCUAGCGUACCCAGAAUGGGCGCUCGGCUUCCAAUUCCUCAUCACCCUCGACUUCAGCAGUCACUAUAUGCACAUGAACAGCUCGCUCGUCACGGGCUCGAAAAGCCACAAGCAGGUUGACGGUGACGUCAGCAACCUGCUACGAUGGUACUACAACCCCACCGUCCUCUUCAUCGUGUGCGCCGGCAACGAGCUCUUCUACAUUGCCCUCUACCUUAUGAAGUGGGUGCACACCCCGCUCUCCCAGUCUUUCGGCAUCACGGCCGAGCUGGCGACACAAUGCACCUGGGCACAUGUCCUCCUCGCCAUCUCGGCCCCCGUCUGGCUGCUCAAGAACGCGCUCAACCUUGUCCAACUCUGGAAGGCGUCCAAGGUCCUUGUCGGCGUUGACCUUGCCGAGCGCGCUCAGGCGCGGGCGGCGGCCGCGGCGAAGAAGAGCUAG